AUAACAUACACAAACACACACACACACACACAGAUACACACUUGCCUUCUCAAACCAUAGUGAGUGACCCAUUGCCAUUGGCCAGGCCCUCCAGCCCUCUGCCUGUCCGACCUGAAGAACGAGACCAUUUGGGAAAGGAGAAAGAGCAGGAAGAUGGCAAUGCAGAGGUUGGUGUGGGGACUCCUGGUCCUGUGUGUGGCAGCCGCCUCUCCCCCCAGAUACACCCGGCAAGCAGAACUAGAAAAAUAUGGCAGCAACAACUAUGAUGUGGACAACCAGGAUGUCUAUGACAAUUACAUUGGAGUUAAAGAACCACAGUUUAAGAUUGGCGCCUUGGGCCCUGGAGAUUACAUUGACCAUUCAUACGAUGCCUCACUAGAGGAAGAAGAAGAGCCUGAGAAGGUGAUAUAUAAAGCAGAGUAUGAGGAACGGAAAACAGCUGAAGGGAGAGAAGACAAGACAUUUCCAAAAACACCUCAGCUUUUUCCAUCAGGCUUUGGGGAGUCAGGGACCCUGAUGGGCCCUAAUGCCCAGGGAGAGGAGGAGCUUCGCCUGACACCCAUUGACACCCUUCAAAUUUCUGGGGACAUGUUGAGUUCUGACUACAUGAGCUCUGGAUCUUCUGGAGACUUGCACAGUGCUUCUGGUUCUGGGGAGACUUUGGUUUCAAUAGGUUCUGGGGGCACUGAGCAUUCUGGUUCAGACAUUAUAUUUAUAUCAAGUGGAGAGGAGGAGCUCCACCUGAUGCUUGGACAUGAGGUUUUGAAAAAUCGUGAUGAGCCUGGUCCAAUUUCAUUAUUCGCUGGGCCACCUGAUCGAUUUGCCUCCAGGGUACCUGAGGUUCCUGAGGACUCUGGGGUGCCUGAGGUAUCUGGAGAGUCUGGGGCCUCUGGGGUGCCCGAAAUCUCUGGAGAAUCUGGGGCCUCUGUGAUGCCUGAUUAUUUUGUAGAGUUUUGGGAUUCUGGGGUGCUUGAGGUGCCUGGAGAGUCUGGGUCCUCCAUGGUACCUGAGGUGUCCGAGGCCUCUGGGGUGCCUGAGGUAUCUGGAGAGUCUGGGGCCUCUGGGGUGCCCGAAAUCUCUGGAGAAUCUGGGGCUUCUGGGAUUCUUGAGGUUUCUGGAGAGCCUGUGACUUCUGGGGUGCUUGAGGUCUCUGGAGAAUCUGGGGCUUCUGGGGUUCUUGAGGUUUCUGGAGAGCCUGUGACUUCUGGGGUGCUUGAGGUCUCUGGAGAAUCUGAGGCUUCUGGGGUUCCUGAGUUUUCGGGAGAAUCUUGGACCUCUGGGGAGCCUGAGGUUUCUGGACAGCCUGAGGUCUCUGGGGUGCCUGAGAUCUCUGGAAAGCCUGGGCCCUUUGAGGUGUCUGGAGGAAUUGAGAUCUUUGAGGCAUCUGGAGGGUCUGGGAUCCCAGAGGAAUUAACAAAGUUUGGAAAGUCUGAGGUUUCUUUGGAGUCUGGAGAGUCUGGGAGUCCAGAGGACUUUGGGGUGACUGAGGCCCCAGAGGUCACCACUGAAAUAUUACUUCCUGUCCUAGAGGAAGAGGAGGAGAUACUCCUAACUACCCUGGCCACUCCCCAGGAGGGGACUGGGGGUGAAAUUGGUUCAGGGGUACCUGAUAUUGACAUAUUUACACCAGGUAUGUCUACAUGUGUGCUGUGUACCUGUCUGGUGGGAUCUGUAUACUGUGAUGACAUGAAGCUGGACCGUGUUCCUCCCCUACCCAAAGAAACCACUCAUUUCUAUGCCCGCUACAAUAAAAUCUCCAGGAUCAGCAAGUCUGACUUCGCCAACCUGAAUAAACUAAAGAGGAUCGACCUGACUAGCAACGGCAUUUCCAAGAUUGAUUAUGAAGCUUUCUUUGGCCUCCCCGCUUUGGAGGACUUGAUAUUACGGGUGAACAGUAUUAGACAACUGCCUGCUCUGCCACCCUCUAUGACCCUUAUUGAUGCUUCUCACAACCAGUUGGGCAGCACUGGUAUCCAGAAAGAAGCUUUCAAGGACAUGCCCGGGCUACUUUACCUCUACUUGACGGACAAUAACAUAGACCACAUCCCAGUUCUUUUGCCUGAGAGUCUGCGCUCCCUGCACCUACAGAAUAACAAUAUCCAGAUGAUACACGAGGACACUUUCUGCAAUCCGCAUGAUUUAAAUGACAUCCGCAGUGCUCUGGAGGAUGUUCGCCUGGACGGUAAUCCCAUCAACCUCAGUAGAACCCCACAAGCCUACAUAUGUUUGCCACGUAUCCCCAUUGGUGCCCUUAUUUAAGCUGAGAAACUUG